AUGGCUUCGAGUGAUAAGGCUCGCUUCUACCUGGAGCAGCUCGUCCCUGAGCUCCGCGAGUUUGAGAAGAAGAAGAUAUUCACCAAGAGAUCCGAGUUUGAACACAGGGUAAAUUCACGGGGUCCGUCGCCGUCAGACUAUGCCCGAUAUGCAGAGUACGAGAUGAACCUGGAUACACUGCGCAAGAAGAGGAUCAAGAGACUCGGCGUAAAGGCACCUAUGCACACCGGUCAACGGCGAGUGUUUUUCAUUCUCGACCGCGCGACGAGGAAGUUCCAUGGAGACGCCGGUCUGUGGCAGCAAUAUAUCGAGUACGCCCGCAAGCAGAAAGCCUACAAGAAGCUCGCUCAGAUCUUCACAAACGCUCUACGUCUACACCCGAGAGAGGUCGAUUUAUGGAUAUAUGCUGCGCAACACUCGCUACAGGACCAUGGAGAUAUAACUCAGGCCAGAGGGUAUAUGCAGCGGGGCUUACGGUUCUGCAAGAGUUCCCGGGAAUUGUGGCUUCAGUAUGCAAAGCUGGAGAUGAUAUAUAUAGCGAGGAUAUCUGCACGACAGAGGAUUCUUGGAUUGGACAAGGCAGAUGAGGAGCAGCCGGCUGUCGACAAUAGUAAGGAUGACCCGGACGCGGAUAUGAUGAUGCUGCCUCGCUUGACGGAGGAAGAUAUCAACCCCACCCUUGAAGGCGAUGUGCCGGACAAGGCCUCGCUGGAGACCCUCAAUGCCACGCCUGCGCUGUCAGGUGCCAUCCCCAUUGCCGUCUUUGACGCAGCAAUGGGCCAGUUUGAGAACGAUGCCGGCCUCGCGUACGACUUUUACAACAUGCUUGCUGAGUUUGAAGAGUGUCCGUGUCUGCGGCGUGUGCUGGGCCAUGUCGUCGACUCACUCAUCACAAGCCAUCCAACCAAUGCCAAAGCACAAGAGUGUGACAUCAAGUACCCGGUUGCAGGUAUAAGCCCUUGCUCGCCCGAGUUCCCACGCGCGUUCCAUACAUCUCUCAGUCGGCUGAGGGAACACAUGAGGGACGAGAACCCCAUUCUAGCACAACUGGCACCGCAGGUUGCCGCCUGGCUGCAGGGCCUGAUGGAGACGGAGAAUCUCGAUCCAGCGUUGCAGAAGGUGAUGCAAGUGACGUUGAAAAGCGCAACCCGGCAGGUAGAGAGUUGCAGGACGUAG